AUGUCAAAAAAUACCGGAAACUUUUUGACGUUAUAUGAAGCGAUAGAAAAAUUCUCUGCUGAUGGAAUGAGAAUGGCGUUGGCAGAUGCAGGAGAUGGAAUAGAGGAUGCUAAUUUUAUGUGUGACAUGGCCGAUGCUGGUUUUCUCCGUCUUUAUCAAUUUUUAGAUUGGACUAAAAUUUUAUUGAGUAAAAAGGCCACUGUUCCAAAGCCUUUAUUACGUUCUGGUGAAAUUGAGACAUUUGCAGAUCGUGUAUUUGACAACGAAAUGAAUCGAUUAAUUGAACUUACUGAGGAACAUUAUGAGAAGACAUUUUAUAAGGAAGCCCUUAAAACUGGUUUCUUUGAAUUUCAGUUGGCUCGUGACAAUUAUCGUCAACUUUGUGGCAGUGACGAACAAAUGAAUGAAAAACUUAUUUUGCGAUUUAUUGAAACACAAGCUUUAAUUCUUUCACCAAUAUGCCCACACAUUACUGAACAUAUUUGGUCGUUGUUGGGAAAGGUAAAUUAUAAUAAAUUAGAGAUUUUUUAG